AUGUGUGUGGCGACUAGUGCUGUGCUGUCAGGUUGGUCAAUUGGUGAGGAUGAUGGGGAUGAGGAGGAGGAGGAGGAUGGUCACGGCACAAGGCGAUUCGAGAAGUAA